AUGGACCCGUCUAUCGAUUCUUCCUCAACAAGUUCAACGCGCAAAACCUCCAUCCCUGCUGUUCAUGCUUGCUCAAACACCGCGCCGGGCUCCAUGAGUUACACCCCACCGCGGGGCAGUUCGCCAAAUCCACGCCAUUUGGCCAUCGCCCUUCAUCAUGCUCGUAACAUCCAAGCUCGAAAAGACACAGAAGCAGCCAUUCUUUCUCGCAUUGAGCAUUUGAUGACCCUUCCCGCCGCCUCUGAUGCGAAUCCCGCUUCUCCUUCUGAGGAAGAUGCGUCUACUUUCAAAACUGCGCUGGUUCCGUUCCAGCCUUCAGACUACGAUAAUUUGAUCCUGGAAAGGAAUAUCGAUGGCAGAUGUGGAUAUACGUUAUGCCCUAGAGACCAUCGAAGAGAGGACACGAAAGCGAAAUUUCGCAUCAUAUGGGGUCCAAAGGGAAGUGGACCAGGCGGGAGAGGAAAAGAGAUGAAAGUUGUGCCCAAGGAACAGCUGGAAAAAUGGUGUUCCGAUGAGUGUGCCGAGCGAGCUCUCUACGUUCGCGUCCAGUUAAGCGAAGAACCGGCCUGGGAGAGGGUAGGCAAGAAGAACGUGGAUCUUGUAUUGCUGGAGGAGGGAAGGCAGGGUGGUCAGGGGAAGGGAAAGCAACAUUCUCCCAAAAUGACACUUCUGGAACAUCAGCUUCGAAGGCUUGAAGUUGGACCUUCAGCAGGACAGGAACAAUCUCUCAGCUCUCGGUUUGGCAAAUUAGCUAUGAAUGAUGAAGACUCCUUGAAAUUACUGGCAAUGGAAAGGGGAGAUUCCCUAGCGAUCGCGAAGAACGAAACUGGAGUUCAGGUAAACAUUCUAGAAAAGGACACAGCUCCAGCACCAGCGCCGACUCUGCAGGCAAAUAACAUGCAAGGAGGCUCCAUUGAAGGGUUCGACCCUCAAUUACACGCGGAUUUACCCUCAGCUUCAACAUCCAAUGUCGAUGGCCGAUUGGAGAACGAAAACAUGCUCUUUUAG